AUGAUAUAUUCAUCAUUAGUGAUAAAAUUUACAAUUCUAUAUAUUAUAUCCUAUUCAUAUGCACAACAAUGUGAGCAAACUUCCAAUGCAGCUCGUUUUAAUUGUCAUCCAGAGAAUAAUCCCACAGAAGCAACAUGUGAAACAAGAAAAUGUUGUUGGCGACCACCAAUCCCACAAACUAAUGCAACUGUUCCAUAUUGUUACUUUCCAACAGAUUUUCCAACUUAUGAAAUAAUAUCAAAUGAAACAACUGAUUUUGGUCAACGAAUUCGUAUACAAAAAUUACAAACAACUUAUAUGCCACAUGAUAUUCUUAAUCUAACAGUUGAUCUUAUCUAUGAAACACAAGAAAGAUUUCGUAUUCGAAUCUACGAUACAAUUUAUAGACGAUAUGAAGUUCCACUUCAAGUACCUGUAGUGGAGAAAAGAGCUACUGAUACUGAUUAUGAAAUAACAUUUAGUGCAAAACCAUUUGCAAUACUUGUCACACGGAAAUCAACAGGUGUAGUAUUAUUUGAUUCAAGUAUAGCUCCACUUAUUUUUGCUGAUCAAUAUAUGAAACUUUCUACAAGACUGUCAAGUCCAUUGGUGUACGGUCUUGGUGAACAUCGACAGCCAUUAUUAAUCAAUGUAUCGGCUGAAUGGAAACGAUUGACAUUUUAUAGUCGUGAUUUUCCACCAGUGGAAAACAUUAAUCUCUAUGGUGUUCAUCCAUUUCACAUCAAUCUUGAACGUACACCAGAUAAUCAAACUCAUGUUCAUGGACAGUUCUUUCUUAAUUCAAAUGCAAUGGAUAUUGAUCUUCAACCGUUACCUGCUAUAACUUAUACAACGAUUGGUGGUAUCAUUGAUUUAUAUAUUUUUACAGGACCAACAGUCGAGAAUGUCAUCGAACAAUAUUGGGCUGUCAUUGGAAAACCAGCAAUGCCACCAUUUUGGUCACUUGGAUUUCAUCUUUCUCGUUUUGGAUAUAGUACAUUUGAGAAUUUAUGGGAAACUAUCAAAAGAAUGCAUGAUGCUGAGUUUCCAUAUGAUGUUCAAUGGACAGAUAUCGAUGUCAUGUCAUCUUCUCUUGAUUUUACCUAUGAUCGAGAAAGAUUUCAGGGUCUUCCUGGACUUGUUCGUGGAUUACAAUCUGAAGGAAAACAUUAUGUAAAUAGACUUGAUCCAAGUAUUAGUUCAACACAACCAUCUGGUUCCUAUCCACCCUAUGACGAUGGAAUAAAUCGUGAAAUUUUUGUUACAAAAUAUAAUUCAACGGAUCCACUAGUUGGAGAGGGUUGGGCUGGUAGAACGGUGUUUGCUGAUUUUACACAUCCUAAUGCAGUUGAAUGGUGGACAAGAAUGGCUACAGCAUUUUAUGAAAGCAUUCCAUUUGAUGGCCUAUGGAUCGAUAUGAAUGAACCAUCAAAUUUUGUCGAUGGAUCACAUGAUGGAUGUACAGCAAAUGCUCUAGAUAAUCCACCCUAUGUUCCUCAUGUACUUGGUAAUAAUCUUAGUUCAAAAUCAUUAUGCCCAUCUUCUCAACAUUAUCUAUCAUUUCAUUAUAAUUUACAUAGUAUGUUCGGUUAUUUCGAGUCACAAGUUACGAAUACAGCAUUGAAAACUAUUCGUAAAAAACGACCAUUUGUUUUAUCACGUUCGACAUUUGCCGGUUCAGGACAAUUCGCUGCACAUUGGACUGGUGAUAAUCGAGCAAGCUUUCAAGAUAUGUACUAUUCUAUACCAGCAAUUCUUAGUUUCAAUAUGUUUGGUAUAACACAUGUGGGUGCUGAUAUUUGUGGAUUUGGAUUAGAUACAACUGAAGAAUUAUGUACAAGAUGGAUGCAAUUAGGUGCCUUUUAUCCAUUUAUGAGAAAUCAUAAUGAUCUUGGACAGAAAGAUCAAGAUCCUGCGUCAUUUUCAUGGGAAGCUCAACAGAUAAUGAAACAAGCAUUAUUAAUGAGAUAUUCAUUUAUACCAUUUUGGUAUACAUUGCAUUAUGAAGCAUCAAUGAACUCUAAAACUAUUAUACAACCACUUUUUUUCGAAUAUUUAAAUGAUAAAAAUACUUAUAAUAUUGAUCAACAGUUUUUAAUUGGCCGUGCUCUUCUUAUUUCUCCGAAUUUAGUUUCACAAACAAAUACUGUUGAUGUUUAUAUACCACAAGAUGUUUGGUAUGAGUUUUCAUCAGGUGUAGAAAUAGAAACUGUUGGACAAUUCAUUACAUUAAAUGCACCAAUAUCAAAAAUUAAUGUUCAUGUUCGUGGCGGUUUUAUUAUUCCAAUGCAAACACCAGGUGCUAAUUUAAUUCUUGGACGUGGUAAUCCAUUUUCGUUACUUGUCGCACCAUCUCAAUUUGGUAAUGCAAGUGGAAAUUUAUUUUGGGAUGAUGGUGAUUCAAUUGAUUCGAUUGGAACAAAUACAUACAAUUAUUUUGAAUUUACUUUAACAACUUCGAAUACGUUGACGAUUGACCCUCUUAGUACAAACUAUAAAGAUUCUCCAAUGCGUUUGGAUCUUAUAAAAGUUCUAGGAGUAAGCAAACCCGUAACUCAGGUAACAGUCAAUGGAAAAGUGUAUCCAAAUUACACUUACAGUAUUUUUGAUCAAAUUUUAAUUAUUCAUGGUCUUGAUAUGAAUAUAUUAGUUGAAUCUAGUCAAAUUAUUAAAUGGACAACUUCGACUUAG